UUUUGGAAGUUGUAAGGCAUUUCCGGUUUACGGUACCUAACACGUUUAUAAUAAAUAAAUAUAUGUAAAAGAUAAUGGUCUUCAGUAUUUUGAAAAUGUUUGACAAUGUCAACGUGCAACGAUGAAGACGAGGGGAAUUUAGAGUCUGGUGAUCUUGGUCUCGGGUUUGGAUUAAAGCCUGGAUCUCUACCAAUCUUGGAUGCUUUGCGAUCAAAGAAAAAAGCGCUGUUAAAGAGUCACGUUGAUCUCUCAGCUGUUUCUGCAAAACCACUUAUUCCACCAAACCAAAGCCAGUAUUCUACUAUUGAGAAACUUCGUCAUAAAAGCAAAACGUCUGUAAACAUAUAUAAUAGAAAAACUUAUUUGGACAAAAUGAAUCCUGCAGAUCCCAGAUGCGAGGGGGAUAAAAAAUUACCCCCAAAAGAACAAGUCCAAAUAAGCAAGGAUGACAUAAUAAAAAAGCUUCUUGAAGCAGAACAGGAAGUUGAAGAGCUUAAAACAGAAUUAGAGGUUUAUGAGAAGAGAUUAGAGUCCAAGUACAAAGCUAUUGCUAUAUUGAAAAACCAGAUAUCAUCUUGUGAAGAGGAUAUCAAUACCAGUGGAAAGAAAAGCAGACAAUAUGAAGAGUCAUUAGAAAGAGAGGUUAACUCUCUCAAUUUUGAAUUGGGAAAAAGGGAAACAACUUUUGAAAACAGCCAGCAGAUGUGGGCUGUGAGAUUUGACAGCAUUUGUAAGGAAAAUUCAUCCCUAACCACAGAACUUGAUCAGAAAUCCUUAGAGCUAAGAGAGUUGAAGGCUCAAAAAAUGGCGUUGUGCAGAGAAAGAGAUGAGUUAUUGGCCUUGUUAGAUGUUAAAGAGAGAGGGCGCUACCUAAGGUCUCGGAGCAUCUCAGAGGAUGAAGCUUACAGUGAAUAUAGCUCUACUGAGCUGGCAGUUCUUGGAGCCUGUAAAUGCAGAGUUACUUCCCCUGAACCAUGUGGCUGUGCCCACGCUGCGGCAGCACUUAGAAGGGAACUCUGUAAACUCAAAGAACAGUAUGAAGCUCAGUUACGACGGCGUGAUGAGGCCGCUCAGACGGUGGAUGCAUACAGAGCGGCGUUUGAGGAACAGCUGUACAGGAACAAACAGUUGAUGCUACAGCUAGCCGAGAUAGCAGUCACUGGACCAUCCAAAUAUGAAAAGGCAAAGGUCAUUCUCAAAAACCUUAUACAUUUAUUGAAUGAUGAUGACUACCUAUGUGAAAUAACGAAUCAGCGACAAAACAUCUUCAGCAUCAAUGGCAACUCUAAACCAGGAAAACCAGAGGUGGACAGCCAGUCAGAACCGGUUAUGUCUGACAGAGACCUGGUUAUGGCUCUCACAGAAAUAUUACAUCAGAGAAAUGAAGCGUUUGCCCACAAGAAGCUUGCGGCGCAGGUGUUAAGUGAUCGUGUAAAGGAACUAGAGACUGAGCUGAGUCACUAUCAGACCAGUGAGGAGGAGACAUUCUCCUAGAGAUGAAGACGCUGGGCGCAUACUUUAUAGGAUAGCAUGGGCUACAUUUAGAUGGUGAACCUUUUCAUUGAGGUGGACCUCUUUUUUAUUUUUCUUUGGAAUCGUAACGAUACAGUGAUGUACAUGUAACAAGAUUUUUGGUUGUUCUCUGAUAAAUUUUUUUUUCCAUUCAUGGAGUAAAAGCACAAGAUUUUUGCCCUGUUGAAUCAAUCAAAUCAACUUGCCCUUAUUGUAUCUUUGAUGUUAUAUAAAUAUGUACAUGUUCCACAAAUGAUAGGACUAUGGUCUCCAGUAAUGGUUUGUAAUAACAUUAAACUGUUUAAAAAUCCAGAGAUAAAUGCUGGAAAUGAUGUGACGUACUUAAUUUUUAAUACAUAUACAUUUAUAGGUGCACACUUGUGUAUCUCCCAUAUGAACAUGCUUGCACAUGUAAAUGUAUUUCAAAACUUUUUGGUAGAUGCAGGGAAACACAUGUACAAUUAUACAUGUAUCUUAUUUCUUGAAAAAUGCCUGUGGAUGGUAUUCAUGUGCUAUAUAUUAGAUGGAUAUCCAAAAUGUAUACCUUUGAACAUCAAUAGGUAUCUAAUUUCUGGUACACAUGGUUUUAUUAUGACAUGUUUUUGGAUAUCAUUGACUUUGGAUAUCAUUUAAAUUUUUCUAGAUCAGGGAACCAAAAAAGAAUUGUAGCUUUAAAAUCCAACUAUUGUGAAUUAGUUUUAUGAACGAAACCUUUCAUAUGAGGAAAUCCAAUUGCUUUACUGUUAUACUGCAAAUCUGAGUAUAUAGCCUUCAAACAAGUUCAUUUGUUGUAAGAAAAUAGUGCUGUAUUUAACAUUGUUUCAUGAAUCAAAAUAUAUCUUAGUGUUGUAGCAGAAAAAAUGUAUUUAUUUGAUUAAAUCAAAUUCCAGUAUCUUGCAUACCGUACUUUUUUUGUUCAAGAGACAAACAAUUCUUGUUGCAGUGUCCUUCAAUCUUUUUGACCUUUGAUUUAAUUUAUUAUUGUCCAAUAGUUUAUUAUACUUCCAUUAUCGUGUAUAUUUUUCAGUUGAUAUUUUGUGCUUUUUAAGACAUUUUUUCAAUCAAAUAAGUGAAAACUGUGCUAUUUUGAUGUGUAAAUCCUAAAUCUUGUCAGAAAAUAAUUGAUCAUUCGAGUGAUUCCUUUACUCUGAAGUGUUCAGUAUUUUGUAGAUCUAUACAUGUAACACUAUUUGCCUGCCUGAAGCCAGGUCUUUGCUUUCAGCAAAACCCAGCUAAAAACGUGUGAACUAAAAUUCCAAGUUACUAGUAUUCAAAUUUGAAAGUCAUAUACAUGUACAGGUAUGCAUGUCCUUUGAACACUUCCCAUGAAUUGUAAUGUCCAUUUAAUGCAUACAUGACUAUGAUUUAGUAUUUUGAACCUGUGUACCACUAAUUUUAUGAUGUUUGUUAGCGUCAUCCUACAGGUUGUGUUAAAAAAUGUUUGUAAACUAAAAUUCCAAAAUGUGUUAUAUUUUUUUUUCUUCUCAUAAUUAAUAAAUAUAUAUACCCCCUAUCUAAUAAUUAUGAGAAAAAUAUGUGUAUAAAGUCAGGUGCCUGUGGUAUGGUUAAUGAUUUGUUUUUUAUGUUUUGAACUAUUAAUUGAGGUUCUGUUUUGUUUUUGUAUGUGUUUGUAUGUCUUCCGUCUCUAGAACACAUACAGGAUGGUGCCAUUUAAUUGUUACACAUGUAUGUCCCAAGCAUUCCUUGUAUUAUUAUUCAGUUAUAAACUCCACUCAUCAUUGUCAAUUUGGUACCAACUUUAUGUGUUACUUGAUUACUUACAAUGCAUUUUGUUUAUUUUUAAUUUAUUUAUUUAUUUAAGCUGAUUCAAAGAAAAUGAUAAAGUAAAAUUUAGAAAUUUCUUCUUUGAACGACAUUGUUUGUUUAAUUUUCUUCACUACAAGUGUACCUUGUGGGUGUGUUUUGGGUCUGUUUUGUUUAUUUUAAAUGUUUUUCAUUAUAAAUUGUACAUCUUCAUUUUGGGGUUUCAACUCUUGAUUGUAUAUGAUGUUGGUUUGUUUUGUAUAUGCAUUUUAAAUUUUGUAGUAAAUGUACAGUAUGCUGUAAGUGUACAAGUAUAUUACCUGUACAUAUGUUUAUAGCAAUAAAUCAGUCUGUGAAAGUAAUAUGUCACAAAUUUUGUGCAAGUGUCAUUGUAGAUAUGUUUUAGAGUUUGUAUAUGUAACGAUAAUUAAGUGCAAUAUUGUUGUAUCCAUAUUGACAUUGUUGCAAAACUUUGAAUUCCAGUUCUGUUAUUCCAUGUUUAUUUCUUUUUAGUUUAUAUUUAUUUGUUUGUUUGGCGAGAAGGGAGUAGGGAGAGAGUUUAUUAGUACAUGUAUAAGAUAUAAUCUACGGUUAAUGCGUUAUAUUGACAUUGUUGCAAAACAUUGAAUUCCAGUUUUGUUUUGUUAUUCCAAAUCUGUUUCUUUGUAUUUUUUUGAUUUUUUGUUCAGUUGUUUUAUUUUGAAUAUGGGGUAGGGAAAAUUUACAUUUUGCAGUUUCAGUACUAGAAAAAAAGUGCAUGCAGCUCUAUAUGAUCUGUGGAUGAUAAAUCAUUCUUCAUACUAAUGUGGUUAAAAAUUCAAUAUUUGUUCAACCACAAGUUUAAUUGGUCUAUGUAGCUAAAAUACUGAUUCAUAUAGCUUACCCGGUAAUUCAAAUAUCCAACAAAGGACUAUGUGCAGUAUGGUCAAAUAUCUGCCCCCGAUUUCAACCAAUUUUUAAAUAGUAUCGUAUAAAAAUGAAAUCUUUACAAAUCAUUGUAAAGAGGAUGCCUAUAACUUUAAUCUUGAUUUUAGUCAUCAUUGCUCACUCGCUGUUUUUCUAUGACGUCACUUAAAUGCCCUAAUUCCCGCAAAUUUGCAAACAAAUGAAGAUAUUCUCAUUUUUGCUCUAUAUUUUGCAUUCAGAAGUAUAGAGCGCAGGUCUGCUCAAGUGCGAUUUUAACAUAUGUUUUUCUUCAGAUAGUUAUACAUAUUAUACAAAAAAAUGGUACUUGAGCAAGCCUGCGCUCGAUGUUUCCCAGUCGAAAAACCAUCGGAAAACACCCAUAUUUUGCUACAAAACAUCAAUUUAUCAAAAUAAUGCAAUAUUCAUGACGUCAUUUCUACAUUAUGACGUCACUGUGGUGAUAACCUUUUACACCUUUAUUUCCAAUAUGAUUUUAACUAUCUUUCACCUUAUUUUAAAGGUCUUUCUAAAACUUUGAUUUUGGGGGGCAAAAAUUGCAUAAAACUGCACUUAGUCCUUUAUGCACCUGUUAGCUGAACGUGUGUUUUUAGAGCAGACCUAGAGGACUUUAAUGAAAACAUUUACAUCUACAUCUAUUAUUGAUUAUGGGGAUGUGGUCUAGUCUAAUAUGAAUAGAAUCUCAAAAACUAAAAUAAUAUUAAUAUAUACAUUUAUUUGUAUUUAAAUAAAUGAAAGUCUUAGUGGUUUGUGGCAUUAAUAUACUAGAUAUUUGAGAUCAGGGAUUGGUACAAUGUUACUCUUCAUCAAUUGAAUAUUAAAGUUAAGAUUACAGUUCAUGAAUGAUCUAUAAUUUUCUUAAUCUGCAUGUAUUAUUACAUGCACUGUACAAAACCAAAAAUACAAAUGAAUAUAGAAAAAGCACCUUUUUUUUGGGGGGGGGGGGGUAUUUUUUUAAAAUUUAAAUGUUAAAAUUAAUGAAAGAAUGGCAUUAAAGUUGCAUUAGAAGAAAUUUUAAUUUUUCAUUUGAUCUCAGAUUUCUAAAGGUUGUGGAGCAGUAAUUUAAUAUUAUAUACAAAGAUCAUUAUUGAUAUUGUUUAGUUGAUGUUUUAUUCACAUGUUAUUGAAAUUCCAAUAAAUGUGUACAAGUGUAUUGUACAUAUCAUUGUCUAAUACAA